AUGGCCAAGGCUAGAACUCGGGAUACCCACCCUGCGUGUAUUACUUGCACUUCGUGCGAUGUAUAUAUGUGCUCGUCCAUGGUCAGGGGCGCUUCUUUCCCAUCUGUACUGCAGGCAUUUGCCCCGCAUACAAAGGAUACUGCCCCAGUACAUACCAUGGGAAUGGAAGAUGCCCAGGACCAUGGUACAGUGGAUAGCAGCAUCGUCACAGUGAUCGUACCGGCCACGCGAACCAUCCUGAUGGGCUAUGGACGUUCGCAGUACAUCGUGCAUGUAUCAGUGGGGUUCCUCGUUGUGGUGACGACGAGUUUGCCUACAACCAGUAAGACGAAUUACCGAUUAGCGAGCGGAACUUCAGCGUAA